AUGGCGAGCCUCACGGCUGGCGGCAUCAAGUCCAUGGGGGAGCUCAUCGGUGGAGACGCGUCUUGCACUGAGCAGAUCAAAAGCACGUGGCUGCACAUGGCAGCGGUGCAGCAAUACAAGAAGCUGGGCAAGCCCGAACGCUUCCAGUCAGAUCCGCCCGCUGCCUUUUGCUUGCGCGACAUGCCGCUCCAAUACGCGGGCCAAGUUGUGAACCUCAAGCAUUUGGUGGACUGGGUGAACUUGGAGGACGGCGCCGCGGACCAUUUGGACACAGUCGACGUGUACGACGCCAUGUGCGGCGGCAACUACAUGGCCCUUCCUGCUCCAUUCAAGCCGAACAAGGACCCUGGGGAACUUGCAUUUACCAUGCAGCUGUAUAUUUUGCCGAAGGAGGGCAACGGCCAUCAGUUCGUCCUGAAAUACGCGAGGUUCCAAGAUAAGGUUCGGACCGACAUCGCCAAGGAGAUCUUCGUCGCGGGCAGGGCGCUCACCAUUCAUUGGGGGAGCUCGGCCGACAACAACGCGCCUCUGAAGCUUUUCUACUACAUGAUGGACAGGCUGGGCGGAGUUCAGAUCCGUCAUUGGGCCCAGCCGUCAGUGGUGGCAACCGUCGGCGGCGGCAAUUACGACAAGGGGAAGCGAAAGGCUGGCUUCCGCUUCAUUGAGGAAUUCGGCCCUCGAGCGAACAAUCGCAACCAGUUCGUCGAAUGGACUGACGAACAGAUCAACAACGAAAGCUCCCCGAUCUUUGGCUGGCAGGCGGGAGAGGUCAAGGAGCCGCUCCGCAACUACGCGUCAGGCUCUGUUGGGGCGAAGACGCUGGGGCGUUGGGCGGUCACGCUCAAACGCUUCCACCCUUUCGUGUUCGACCACGUCGUUGUCCCUAUUCUCAAGAGCCAUGACGUGCACGGCACGAUGUGGAUUGGCAAGACCAGGGUCGGCAAAUCGACGGCUUCGAAAACGAUAGGCUUCGCGAUCUCCGCCUACCAGAUAGACAAGCACGAUCGCGUCGACCUCCGCCCGAGCGUCGUCACGACGAAGAAGGUGGACUUCUUUCGGCUCGAACCUGGGACAGUCUUCAAGCCCGCCAUCGCUGACGACACCGUCCUCACGAAGUGGGCCCCCGAUGAGAUCAAGGCCUUUCUCGACCCCGCAGAAGAGGACGCGCUGCUAUGGGCCAGGUGGGGCGGCGCCUCUUUCGCGCAGAACCAGUCCCGCCAGAUCUGCAUCAACCCGUACAAUGAGGAGUUCGAGAAGACGGUCCGCUCCAUACGCAGAGGCAGGGAAGAGGUCGCAUUCAAAGAUUUCCUGGAAAUCGUUGACUGCAAUUUCGUGUGCGAGAAGCAGAGCGGCUACCAGAUGGCUGACGUGGAGGCGUAUCUGGCGAGGUCCAACAUUGUGCCCCUGACCGAUGACUGGAUAUACUUGCGAUUGGCGUCGACGACGAAGGACCCAGUUCCCCGCUUCCCUUGGCCAGCGCCCGAUAAGCCAGACCUCUUUACGCCAGAGGCAACGCCGAUUCUGAGGCGCUACAAGAAGGACCAAACGUUCGCGCCGACCGACUACGACAUGCACAUGAGGUGGUCGGUGGCCGCCAUGAAGAAGUUUUCCAGGGGCGACGACAUCGGGCGCUCGUCGGCGGUGCGCGGCCCCACGCUGUUCGACCAAGACGCCCCGCCGAGGUGCCAGUUCCCCGAGCUGGACGGCGAGCCUGACGUCGCAAGCGGCGCCGCGCGUUCCGCGCGUGAUCCCCCUGCGAACCCAGAUGGCAGCGACGUAGAAGAGGACGUCUUCGGCUUCGGUGGUGGGAUGGACGGCGACGGCGGCGCGCCCGCGGCGGUUGCGCCGCCUGCGCCGCUCCCGAAGCCCGUGCCCGUCAAGCGGGAGAAAGGGACCUUCCGCUUCCUCAAGAGUUCGGCGGGCCGCGGCGUCAUUGACUUGAGCACGCCGACGCCAAAGAAGCGGCGCCCCGCCCUCGAGGUGGAGCUGUCGCAGAUGCUCGAGGACGACGGCGUGGCGAGCGGCGCCGCGGCGAGCUCGAGCGCUGGCCCGCCGCGGGUGGAGCGUGCGUAG